UAAGGUGCAACCGGAAACAGAAUAAACAUCGAAUUCCAUGUCAAUUUACCUUCGGAACCUCUACAUGAGGCUGCUUUUCACAAUCGUUGACUGAACAGUGUUGUCCACGAGUUAUAUUCAUCUAGAGAACGAGUCGUGCACCACCGAAGUUGCACAAGUUUUGUGUUGCCUUUUGGCAGUUGUAAUGUCAGUCGGUGCCACACAGUGCUGCUAAUGCUUGCACAACACUAACUAGCACCAUCAGAGACUCUUGCUGGCAGUAUCAGUGGAGGAAUCAGUAUGGAUGCGCUCUUGGUGUUCCUACUGCUGCUGGUCCCACUCCUGCUAUGGACCAGCAGCACUUUUGUUUUUUAUUUUAAAAAGUGUUUCUACGUGGCCUAUAUGAUGAUUUUGGCUGCGAUUGCGAUUCCGCUUAGUAUUCUGAAAAGCGGCGGCAGAGACAUCGAAAACAUGAGGGUGAUCCGUGCUCUGGUUCAUCACGUGAAAUACUUCCUGGGUCUGAGGUUUGACGUGAGCGGCUUGGAACACCUGCAGACAGAGGGACCCUACGUCAUCAUCUCCAACCACCAGAGCUCCCUGGACGUACUGGGUCUAAUGGAGGUCCUCCCAGAUCGCUGCACCAUGGUUGCCAAGAAGGAGCUGGUGUACGCUGGCACUGUGGGCAUCGUGUGCUGGCUGGGCGGCAUCGUCUUCAUCAACCGCAAGAAGACAAGAGACGCCAAGAGUGUCAUGGCCGACGCUGCCAAGACCAUGCUGGAUGACCAGAUCCGUCUGUGGGUGUUCCCGGAGGGUACGCGGAACCAGAGGGGCGACCUGCUGCCCUUCAAGAAGGGAGCCUUCCACCUGGCAGUGCAAGCGCAAGCUCCUAUCAUUCCCAUCGUGUUCUCCUCCUACAGUAACUUCUACCUACGGAAAGAAAAGCAGUUCAACUCGGGGACCAUCACACUGAAGAUCCUUCCGAAGAUUGAGACGAAGGGCAUGACGUCAGACGACGUGGCCGACCUCUCCGACAAGUCCUACGACCUUAUGCGCUCCGUCUUCCUGGACAUCUCUGGCUCUGCCCCCGUAACCCAGAGCAACGGGCCCUCCUUGCACCACUAAACAUGAACAACCUCCCUCCUCAUUUUCCUGUCCGAGACACCAAACUCUUCCCCUCUUCUCUCCCCUCCACAUCGUCCCAGCUCCCUACCUACCUACUUACAAAUUAAGUCAAAUAUAUUGGCACCCUCGCACUUUUACAAUGGUGCAGAAUGUUCUGUUUUCUCUUUUCAAAACUGGUUGAAUGGCUAUGUCUUACCCUUAAGACACCUGCAACUUACCACGGGUGAGAGAAAUGACACCGUAAACAAGAUAAUUGCUUCCAACCAACCAAAUUAAUUUUUUAUAAUUUAGUCCAGGCAAUAUUUUUAACUUAAGUGAAAAAUCUCAAUUUUAGAAGAAAAAAAAUGUAUUGGUCCUGUGCAGUUGUAAAUCAAACAAAUACAUGUGUGUACACCAAAUGUUUUUUAAAUGUCAACUUAUCUUAAAAGACAUAGUGAAGGGUGCCAAUAUAUUUGAGUGUAUCUCUACCAGGACAGAACGCACACACCGGGUCUACGUCAUGAAGUUUUCUGAUGUUGGCCUGGUCCAGUUUGGUUCCUGGUCUGACCCAGCCAGUACAUUCCAGCCCUGACCUCUCACUGCAGCAGCUCUGUUUGAUCUGCAGGUUAGAAUGGUAUGGAUGUGAUGUGGGUUCAUCAUGCAUUCCUUUUGGAUAGCUCUGUUGUCCACCAUUUUGUUUUGUUUAUCUGUUUUUAAGUGGCUUUAUGGUUGUCUGAUUUUAUGGCAGUAGUUGUGCUUUCGCUUGUUUCCCUCUCCCUUCCUCCGGCUUGACUUUAGAUUUUCGUAAAUGUCACCAGUGGAUAUUUAUACCUUCUUCUGGUGCUGCCUAAUCUUUUUUCUUAAUGUGCUCUCAGACACACACAACCACCCGGCUUUAACAUGCACACACAACAGUUCCCCCUGCCCAACACCACAUCCCACCCAACCCCAGUGAAUCCUCCCCUGUUCUGCAUUCCAGCCUAUUGUCUCUGAAGAAGAGGGGGAACAGGGGCUCUGGAGGACCAGGGGGUCUGGAGGGGAGGUGGAGGGCAACAGAGGAACGAGACCAGAUCAACAGUAGUUGACUUAGGGACUUGUUCCUUAUGUGUCUCAGUGGAAUCCACUCUAUAUUGUUACUUACUUACAUGCAUACCAACCACACUGGCUUCUCAACCACUUUAUCACAAUAGCUCAAUGAUAUACUGUACCAUGCUUGAUAUACUGUACCAUGAUAUAAUGUACCACGCCAAACACCAAGGGAUACAACGAAGACAAGAACCAUCCUCAGUGAAUUCAUGGACUUUACUGGACUUAUCAGUUUCCAAAUGUUGUGCAUUUUUGGUGUACUACACAGAUUUUCUUCAUUUUUAUUUUCUAUCCACCUAAGAAAUAAGAUGCAUGUAACAGAGCAAAAUGUUUGUUUUUUUUCAGCUGUGUUCUAUAUUUCUCUUUAUUUAUAUCUACAUCAUAUGGUCUUGUUAUUUUUUUUUUAUGUGACUUUUAUGUCUUAAAGUUCUGUUCUUCGUGCACGAAGAACCUAUUUAAGAUGUAUAAAAGGCGAUUUUAUGAAGUGCAAUGUCCAACUGUUCAAUCUAAACUGCUCCAAAGUGCAAGAGUUCUAGGAUGUAUUCAUUACAUCUUGCAACGGAAACCGUUUUAAGAGCCAAACAAAGCAAAUGGAGCAAACUGAAUGAAACAGGGAGGGGCCUACUUGAAUUUGUCCAACAGGAACUCUGUUUUUUGUUGGAAAAAGUGUGCUAGUGCUUUAAAAGUAACACAUUGGGAAGUGAUCUAGAUGUAACACGGGUACAGUACAAAGUGUUCUAAUGAGGGGAUUGUUUUAAAUGUAACCCUGUGCUCUGUUAGUGAUUGAUCGGUUUUACGGUUUCCAAUGAAAAGUCUGGAGUCCUUGCUGCACUGCGGAGACGAUGGUAUCGUGAUGAUAUCAGGAGGCUUAACCACAUCAAACGAGAUCAGAUUUCAGAUGUUAAGUUUUGUUUUAAUGUUGAGUUUUUACUAACUACUAAUAAACCCUGCUUGUCCCAACCUACACCCCAAAAACACAUCUCAGAAGAGGUGAAAUGUGAAUCAAAUUCUCCUCAAACUGAACACCAACCUGUAUUUUGGUAACCAUCAUGAUAGCAGUCCCCAUAGUUAAGUAACAUAUACCCUGAUAUGUUGUACAAUUAUUUUUUUCCCCAGUAAAUUAUCAAAUGCUAAAACAAUUGCUGCAUCCUUUCACCACAGUAACAUUUAUUAGCUAAGUCUUGUGCGUUCUUUGCUUGGCCAAAUGUUCCUUAUUGUUACAUGAUAACUAUACUGAACUAAAAUAUAAGUGCAACAUGCAACUAUUUUAAAGAUUUUACUGAAUUACAGUUCAUAGAAGGAAAUUCAUUUAUGGCGUUCACAUGACUGGGCAGGGGCACGGCCAUGGUUGGGCCUGGGAGGGCAUAGGCCCACCCACUUGGGUGCAAGGCCCAGUCAGUCAGAAUCAGUUUUUCCCCACAAAAGGGCUUUAUUACAGACAGAAAUACUCCUCAGCACCCCUGCGAUCCCACAGGUGAGGAAGCCGGAUGUGGAGGGCCUGAGCUGUUGUGGUUACACAUAGUCUGCAGUUGUGAGCCAGUUGUACGUACUGCCAAAUUCUCUAAAUUGACAUUGGAGGUGGCUUAUGGUAGAGAAAUUAACAUUCAAUUCUCUGGCAAGAGCUCUGUUGGACGUUCCUGCAGUCAGCAUGCUAAUUGCGCGUUUCCUCAACUUGACACAUCUGUGGUAUCGUGUUGUGUGACAACUGCACAUUUUAGUGGCCUUUUAUUGUCCCCAGCACAAGGUGUGCCUGUGUAAUGAUCAUGCUGUUUAAUUAGCUUCUUGAUAUGCCACACCUGUCACGUGGAUAAAUUACCAUGACAAUUUAGAAAUGCUCACUAAUAGGGAUGUAAACAAAUUUGUGCUCAAAAUUUGAGAGACAUAAGCUUUUUGUGCCAAUGGAACAUUUCUGGGAUAUUUUAUUUCAGUUCAUGACACAUUGGACCAACACUUUGCAUGUUACAUUUAUAUUCAGUAUAGAAGGGCUGCUGUCAGUGGUUACCUUAGCUUUAUACUUGAUGAACCGGUGCUUUUCCUAUUAUAGGGGAAUGGGGAAGAGGAGGGAUACACGCAUAGACAUCUCCUAUCAAUACAUACUGUGGUUUUCUGACCAAUUAUGAUACCCAAAACUGAGAAUAUUAAAUUUGAUGAUUUUAUCGAUGGAUGGUGUAUGAUAUGUAGAACUGACUGUGGGGAAAAGGCGUGGUCUAUUUUUAAAGGAAGCGAGGAAUUGGCUGAAUGUUUUUGGCCUUGUAUUCAAGGUAGUAAUAAUCAAAGUUGGGAUUGUGAAGUUUGUAAACUUGUGAGAGGUUUUAUAUUUUGUAAUUAAUAGACAUAACUGGAAUGACAUACUUUUAAUGUAUGGCAACGCAGCUUCUUAUUAUAAUUUGUAUCCAGAUCUUGACAUUUUUAAUAUUCACUGCCUUUACAUUACAGUUGGCUAAAAUGAAGUCGCUUGCAGCUUUUUGCCUGUCAAAAACACCGGUCUGAGAAUGUAUUUCAGGAUUAUUUGUGUACUACUUAUUGCAUUUAACUCUUUAUUUUUCAAUCUUUUUAAUUUUAAGUAUAACUUAUUUCAAUGGAAUUAUGUUUUGCAUACAGUCUGUUUCUGACACAAAGAAAUGUCAAUGAUUAAUUGUUUUUAUUUAAAAUUAAGGUAAAGUAAUUGUACACUUAAUUUUAUCUCCAGCAUUUUUCUUUGUUGUGCACCCAAACUUCCUGAGGAACAGUGUUGAGGAUCAAUCAAUUUAAAUUCAGUCAAUCCAAAAAAAACAUCUACUUCAAUUAUCCUCAGUGCUUCUCAGAUUUUUUUUUACCGGAAAUUAGAAUUUCAGUUUACUUCCUGAAUUGACUGAAUUGAAAAAUGGAAUUGAUUAACUCCAACCCUGUUGAGGCGCUCAUGCUGUAGAAGUGAAAACAUCUAUGCUUUGUCUGGUAAUAACCCUGUAUACGAGGCCUCUUCAUAGUCGAUUGUCUACAGUAGCUUUACCGGCACCUGCUGGGCUUUUGGCUUACUUGGUUCCGAGGAGUAAAUCAGCUCAAGGCUCGGGCUUUCCUCAUCUUUAUGUUCUUGAAGGCCAGUACCACCAUGUACGGAAUAUACAUACGCCAGUCAGUCUGAAUACAUCAAAUAAAUCUGUGACAUUCAUUUUUGUUAAUAGAAGUAUAUAUUAACAAUAGUAAGCCUUUCAUGGUUUUUGUUAUCUUAAAAUGCAGUGGUGUCUUUUUAAAAAUCUUAGAGGUUUGAAUGUUCAUCAAAGAUGCUACCAAAUGUAUACUGUCAUUGAUUUUUAGACCAUGGUCAAUAGUUAGCCUAUUGAUUAUUUUCAUGAUGUUUUGUAGCUUAACUUUCUAGUGUGUCAGCUAAAAACGUCAUAUGUUAACUCAACAGGCUCUGCAGCACUACUUUGGGAGCCUGGUUGGUUGAUCUGGCUGUUUACAAAAUUAUAUUUAAGAUAUUGGAGAAAGAUUUAAAGUAUUCUAAAUAUGAAUAAAGCACUUUUCAUGUUGAGUUUGUGUGGUUAUAUUUAAAAAGAACAAAUCUUAUCAAAAUAUUCUAUGAAUUUCACCAAAGCAAUUAAAGUGUAAUCUGUUGGCUUUAGAUGACUAUGAACCAUUGAGCUGGCCAAGGCGUCUGUCUUACGACAUCCUGCUGAGCUGUCUGUGUGGCCUAGACGUACACACACGACAACAUAUAAGCCCAUUGUAGUAUCUGGUUAAUAUCGAUGUGUUUCUUGAUUUCACAGAAAUAUUGAUUAAACAUGUUUGAUGAAUUGUUUGGAAAAUAAUAAAUGUCAUUUUGUUUCUUAA